GAAACCAGACUGAGUGAGAAGAACAAGGGAGCCAAGAAUGAAGAAGAGAAGGGAAAGGAAACUCCUUCCAAAGACCUGGCCCGGAAACGAGACACAAAGGUGGGGAAAGACUCUAAAAAGGAAGAAAGUGUUCAAAAAACAGACCCCAAAGUUAAAGCUGAAGCUGAGACUAAGACUGAAGAGGAGAAGACUAUCAAUGAUAAAGUCCAGGCCGUGGAGAAAAAGGUGGUGGGGAAGGACAAAAAGGAAGAAGAGAAGGGUUCAGUGUUGAAGAAGGACACGGGGAAGGACAAAAAGGAAGAAGAGAAAAGCUCAACGUUGAAGAAUGAUGCAGGGAAAGAUAAAAAGGAGAAAGAGAAAAGCUCAACGUUGAAGGAGGAUGCGGGGAAGGAUAAAAAGGAGGAAGAGAAGGGCUCAGCAGCAAAGAAGGAGAUGGAGAAGGAUAAAAAGGAAGAAGAAAAGGCUUCAGCAUUGAAGAGCACAGGGAGGGACAAAAAGGAGGAAGAGAAGAGUUCCAGAUCAAAGAAACAGGCAGGAAAAGACAUGGAAGGAGAAGAUAAGAAAGAAAAAGACAAAAAAGAAGAGGAAAAGAUUUCAGCUUUGAAAAAAUCCAAGGAGGACGAGAAGGAGAAACCGCGGCCAGAGGUGGGGAAGGUGGUGGAGGAGAAAGCAGCCAAGGCAGCGUGGGCCGAGACCAGCCCCUCCAAGCCCACCCCCAGCAGCUCCUCGGAUCAGGGCAAGGAAGACGAAGCCUCCAGCAUUUUUGAUGAGCUCAUUGAGAAGGUGAAGAACAAUGAUGCUGAGGUCACCGAGGUGAACGUCAACAACUCGGACUGCAUCAACAACGAGACCCUGGUGCGCUUCACCGAGGCACUGGAGUUCAACACCGUGGUCAAGCUCUUCGCCUUGGCCAACACCCGCGCUGACGACCACGUGGCCUUCGCCAUCGCCAUCAUGCUCAAGUCCAACAAGGUGUUGACCAGCAUCAACCUGGACUCCAACCACAUCACGGGCAAGGGCAUCCUGGCCAUUUUCCGGGCGCUGCUGCAGAACAACACGCUGACGGAGCUGCGCUUCCACAACCAGCGGCACAUCUGCGGCGGGAAGACAGAGAUGGAGAUCGCCAAGCUCCUGAAGGAGAACACCACGCUCCUGAAGCUGGGCUACCACUUCGAGCUGGCCGGCCCGCGCAUGACGGUCACCAACCUGCUGAGCCGAAACAUGGACAAACAGAGGCAGAAACGCCUCCAGGAGCAGAAAUUAGCCCAGGAGCGGGGGGAGAAGAAAGACCUCCUGGAGGUGCCCAAGCCCGGGACUCUUGCCCCCCCGCCACCUCCUCCUCCUCUCGCCCCACCUCUGAUCAAUGAGAACCUGAGGAACUCGCUCUCACCGGCCACGCAGAGGAAGUUGGGAGACCGGGCGCUGCCGGUCCAGGAGAAGAACUCACGGGACCAGCUCCUGGCCGCUAUCCGCUCCAGCAACCUCAAACAGCUCAGGAAGGUGGAGGUGCCGAAGCUGCUGCAGUAG